UGGGGCAAGCCUGACCCGAACAUAACCCGACCCGGAAGCAACCCUACGCGACCCACCCAUCCACCCACUCCGAAAAUGGCUCUUCUCUCUCCUCAUCCUCUGAUCUUCCAAAUUCCAUCCUGCUGUUAAAUCAACGGCUCAGGUUCACCGACGUCUUCCAUCUCAGAUCGCCGGCGAUGAUUGAUCCCUACCGCCACAGUUCAUCUACAUAUGCUCUGAUCUUUAACCCUCAUCCUUUCAUUUGUUAAAAUAUUCAAAAGUUAUUGUCCUUCUGUAAUUACUAUGGCUUCUGACGACGAAGAUGAAUCCCUGGCGCAUUUCCUUGAAUCGGAAGUCCUCUCCGAACUCUCCGAUCAGGAAGAAGAAAAUAAGAGCGAGGAAGAGAAAUAUGGGAAAAGGUCGCGUCCUGAAGAGGGUGAGUUAAGUGAACAAGAAGAGAAGGAACAACAAGAAGCAAAGAAAAUUAGAAUCGAAAAAGGUAAAAUUAGUGACGAAGGAUUAUCGAGGGCGGUGAGGUCGUCGUCUUCUUUGUCGUCUGUUGAGCUCGAACUUGAAGUUGAAGCUGUACAGUCGCCUUUGAAGAGAAAGGGUAUUAUUGUCAUUAGCAACAAUAAUGAUAAUGCGAGGGUUGGUUCCGGAAGUAGACAGUUCCCUAAGAGGAUCGAGACAGGGAUGUUCAGUCAGAUCCCUCCCGAAUUGUUGUUUCACAUCCUUAAAUUUCUGUCUUCCGAGGAUCUUGUUUCUUGCUCGUUGGUUUGUAGGUUUCUAAGUUUUGCUGCUGCAGAUGAAUCGUUAUGGCGGCGCUUAUAUUGCAUGCGGUGGGGUAUAAUGCCUCCUAAAAGUCCACGAGAAUCUGCGUGGAAGAAGCUUUACAUCAAGCGCGAUGAAGAAGAUAUGUCGGAGUUUGUGCGUACUUGCCCCUCCGAAUUCAAAGAAUAUUACAUCCAAAUGCAGAUGGCAAAGAGAAGCCAAACACCACUUCCUUCUCAGGUGAAUGAUGACCGUAUAAUUCUCGACAAGACACUUGCGGAUCAAGUCUAUAUGUGGAAAAGUAGCAAAGGCCUCACAGAUACAAUGGUAGUUAAUCAUGCAUGUUCUGGUGAAAGUUGUACUUACUAUCAAAUCGGAGAUGUAUUUGUCUGCGAGAAAACCGGAAAUGUUCAUGUUUGUGACGAUGCAUGCAAAGAAAUUAUUAUGGACCCCACAGACGAACUCUUGGUCUGCACUAUCUCAGGCCGUUGUUUCGAUAGAUUACUCUCGGCAGCUGAAAUGGAACCAGAUACUGAUCUGCAGCAGCAAGUUGGUGCACCCGAUGAAGCAGAGCCUUUCAUGGGAUCUGGGCGUUUUGCUAGGGCAUAUUUACUCGGAUAUAAUUGCGACGACGAGAAAGAACUUGAAGCUGCUUUAAGGUUUUGUUGAUCUAUUACAAUUUUGUAUAGUAUGAUGUUUACCGACAUCUCGCAACCUGCGAAGAAACACUUCGAUAUUGUUUUUCUGCAAGUUUUGACUCAUAUAACACUAGUUUUAUAAAUUAGUCGAAUUUUAUGCCUUAAUUUGUACUUUGAAUCAAUCAUAUAAAAAUGUUGUAAUUUUCUUGCCUAUUUA